GGGUUAGUUCUAGCAAUAAGCACGUAAUCAUUCAACUACUACAAUUGGAACCUAAUGUUUCUAGAUUACCUUUUCCAUCGGCCGAAGAACAGCUAUUGCUUCUCACAAUGUCUCGCCAAUGACCAGGAACAAGUUCAUCGGGAGAUCGCACAUGUGAAGGACAUCCUGGAGCAGAAGAUAAUGCAGUGCAUCGGAUCGCAAGCUUCGAAGUAUUUGUUCUUUCCGCUGGAGAAUACAGACAAGUUGGUUUCGGAUCCGGAACUGUACGUAAAGUAUCGUUUAUGGCACGUUGAUGCACUUAAACCGUUAGUUAGCAACGUGGUCACAACCUAUCUUGCCCACAAUGGUGUUGGAUUUGAAAUGUAUUCAUUAAUCGAUAAAUUGAAGGUACUAGAGUUAGGUGAAGGCUAUCUGGACGUGGUUGAUUUGGAUAAUCAAUUGAAUUAGAAUAUAGGCUGUUAGCAAACUAGUCGUAAUGGCGAAAGACUGGCUAGAAGCAACAUUCGAUCGUCUUAAAUAGAUGUAUUUCCGGAAACUAUUUGCAAAACUUUACCAAGUUGUGUUCUGAUAUGGAUUUGAAAUAAUCAAAACACUUAUUUUUAA